AUGGAGAGCGCCUUUGCCACACCCAUUAAGAAGGUCCUCGCCAACUUCAACGUCAAUGACCAUGACGGUCUGACUGACAAGCAAGUUGACGAGCUGCGCGCCAAGCAUGGUCGCAACUCGAUUCCCGAGGACCCGCCUACCCCUCUGUGGGAGCUCAUUCUUGAGCAGUUUAAGGACCAACUGGUUCUGAUUUUGCUUGGUUCUGCCGCUGUGUCGUUUGUCCUUGCUCUUUUUGAAGAGGAGGGCGGCUGGAGCGCCUUCGUCGACCCUGCUGUUAUCCUCACCAUUCUUAUCCUCAACGCUGUCGUCGGCGUCUCGCAAGAAAGCAGCGCCGAAAAGGCCAUUGCUGCCCUCCAGGAAUACUCUGCCAACGAAGCCAACGUCAUCCGAAACGGUGGCCACGUGUCGCGCGUCAAGGCCGACGACCUGGUCCCCGGUGAUAUCAUCUCCGUUUCUGUCGGUGACCGCAUCCCGGCUGACUGCCGUGUGAUUGCUAUUGAAAGCAACAGCUUCUCUGUCGACCAGGCUAUUCUCACCGGCGAAAGUGAGAGCGUUGGUAAGGAUGCUGGUGCUGUCGUCAAGGACGACAAGGCAGUCCUUCAGGACCAAGUGAACAUGCUCUUCUCUGGUACUACGGUUGUUGUCGGUCGCGCUCGCGCCGUCGUUGCCCUCACCGGCUCCAACACUGCCAUCGGUGACAUCCAUGAGUCUAUUACUGCUCAGAUCUCGGAACCCACGCCUCUUAAGCAGAAGCUCAACGACUUUGGCGACAGCCUCGCCAAGGUCAUUACCGUCAUCUGCGUCCUCGUCUGGCUCAUUAACAUUCCCAACUUCAACGAUCCCAGCCACGGGAGCUGGACCAAGGGUGCUAUUUACUACCUCAAGAUUGCCGUCUCCCUUGGUGUCGCUGCCAUUCCCGAAGGUCUCGCCGUUGUCAUCACCACCUGUCUCGCUCUUGGCACCCGCAAGAUGGCUGCCAAGAAUGCCGUUGUUCGCAGCCUUCCCUCUGUCGAGACUCUUGGUAGCUGCAGCGUUAUUUGCUCCGACAAGACCGGAACUCUCACCACCAACCAAAUGAGCGUCAACAAGAUUGUCUACCUCAAUGAAGCUGGCCAGGACCUGAUUGAGCUCGAUGUUGAGGGCACCACCUUUUCUCCCAAGGGUGACAUCCGAAGCAACGGCAAGGCCGUCAGAAACCUGACUGAACAGUCGGCCACCAUUCAGCAGAUGGCUGAGGUCGCUGCUCUCUGCAACGAUGCUCACCUGGCCUAUGAUGACAAGACCGGCCACUACUCGAGUGUUGGCGAGCCCACUGAAGGUGCUCUCCGUGUCCUGGUUGAGAAGCUCGGUCCUAUCGCUCCCGCCGGUACGAAUGUCCACGAGGCGCUUCAUUACGCCAGCGCAAAUCUUGAAGAAGGCCUUCCUAGACUUUCUACCUUUGAAUUCUCUCGCGAUCGCAAGAGCAUGUCUGUCAUCGUCGCCGAUGGCAAGAAGAAGAAGCUCCUUGUCAAGGGUGCUCCCGAGUCCAUCGUUGAUCGCUGCACCCACGCUACCGUUGGCGCCGAUGGCAAGCGCGUUCCUCUCACUAGCAAGAUCUCUGAAGUCCUCAUGAAGGAAGUCGUCGACUAUGGUAACCGCGGCAUGCGUAUCAUUGCCCUUGCCAGCAUUGAUGAUGUCUCCAAGAACCGCCUUGCCGCCACCGCCAAGUCUAACGAACAGUACGCUGAGCUUGAGCAAGACAUGACUUUCCUCGGUCUCGUUGGCAUGCUUGAUCCUCCUCGUCCCGAAGUUCCCCAGUCUGUCAAGCAGUGCAAGGCUGCAGGUAUCCGGAUUAUCGUUAUCACCGGUGAUAACCGAAACACUGCCGAGAGCAUUUGCCGACAGAUUGGCGUCUUUGGCGAGAGCGAAGAUCUUACUGGCAAGAGCUACACUGGCCGUGAAUUCGAUAACCUGAGCCCUGGUGAGCAGCUUGAGGCUGCUAAACGUGCCUCCCUAUUCUCCCGUGUUGAGCCUGGCCACAAGUCCCGUCUGGUUGAUCUACUCCAGUCUCUUGGCGAGGUCGUUGCCAUGACCGGCGACGGUGUCAACGAUGCCCCUGCUCUGAAGAAGGCUGAUAUUGGUGUUGCCAUGGGCUCCGGCACCGACGUCUCCAAGCUGGCCGCCGACAUGGUUCUCGCUGACAGCAACUUUGCCACCAUCGAGGUCGCCAUUGAGGAGGGUCGCUCCAUUUACAACAAUACUCAACAGUUCAUCCGCUACCUCAUCUCGUCCAACAUUGGUGAAGUCGUCUCUAUUUUCCUGACUGCGGCGCUUGGCAUGCCCGAGGCCCUGAUUCCUGUUCAGCUUCUCUGGGUCAACCUGGUCACCGAUGGUCUUCCCGCGACGGCUCUCUCAUUCAACCCUCCCGACCACGACAUCAUGAAGCGGCAGCCUCGCAAGAGAGAUGAGAAGCUGAUCGGCGGCUGGCUGUUCUUCCGCUACCUGAUUAUCGGCACCUACGUUGGUCUCGCAACGGUUGCCGGCUACGCCUGGUGGUUCAUGUACUACCCUGCCGGACCCCAGAUUAGCUUCUCGCAGCUUUCCCGCUUCCACCACUGUUCGACCGAGUUCCCCGAGAUUGGCUGCCAGAUGUUCUCCAACGACAUGGCCAAGGCGGGAUCCACCGUCUCCCUCUCCAUCCUGGUCACGAUCGAAAUGUUCAACGCCAUGAAUGCCCUUUCCUCGAGCGAGUCCCUGUUGACCCUGCCUCUGUGGAAGAACAUGAUGCUCGUCUACGCCAUUGCACUGUCGAUGGCUCUGCACUUUGCUCUGCUCUACACGCCCGUCCUGCAGACUCUGUUUGCUAUCCUGCCCCUGAACUGGGUCGAGUGGAAGGCGGUGAUUGUUAUUAGCGCUCCCGUCAUUCUUCUCGAUGAGAUUCUCAAGUUUUUUGAGCGCCAGUUUUUCAUGCAGAAGAUUACUCCUGUGGCCAAAAGAGUCAUCAAGAAGGACCUGUAA